AUGGAUCCCGUUCCCGUUGCUGCACCUGCUCCCGCUGCUAACGGCGCCGACAAAGUCGCAGAGACUGUCGCGACCACUACCAGCGCGGACAACAAGCCAACGGAGUCUCCAGUCGCUGAGAUGAAGCCUGCCGAGGAGAAGAAGGACGAGAAAAAGGAAGCAACUGCGCCCGUGCCCGAGACAUCAGCUGCUCCCGUCGCCGAACCUACCAAGCCGGAGGAACCGCCUGCGCUUGCUCCGCCAGCGGAUGCGCCGGCUACGGCAGAUGCCACGGUUGAUGCGCCAAAGCCUGCCUCCGUCGAAGAGGUUCCCGACCAGGAUGGCCCGACCUCAACCGGCGUCCAAGAGCCAAAUGCCACCCCAGUCGAGCAGCCGGCCGUGACAUCCGCGCCUACCGAUGAGCCUGUGAAAGCGUCGGUGGAAGCGCCCAUCGCGCAAGAAUCCGCCAAAGCGCCCGUAGCUGAGGACGAGCCAAUCAAAGAGCCCAUCAUCGACAAGACUGAAGCUGUCAACGGUGACGCAACCAAGGGCGUUGAGAUGACGGGCGCUCUCAACGAUGCCGAACCUGCCGGUGCGGGCGAAGACGAAGCCGCAACGCAGGCCAUCCCGCCCGAACCCAAAGUUGGAGACAAGCGCAAGGCGGAUGACCCCGUCGAGACCAACGGGGUCAACGGGGCUAACGGCACCAAUGGCACCAACGGCGUCGGGGAGACAUUGAAGGAAAAGCCAGCCGAGAAGAAGGCCAAGAGGGGGCCCGGUCGCCCUCCUUCGAACGGUGCGGCCAAGGAAUCGCCGAAAAAGGAAAAGGAGUCUCUAGGUCACAAGGUGGCCAGAAAUGUGAAGAAGGUCGUUCACCCCGUCGGCAGGACUGCGCGCAAGACUCGCUCUCAGGGCCCCGUUUAA